GCAGUGUAGUGGAAUGUGCCAUUAGUGGGAGUUGAGCUGAGGCUGGCUAACAGCUAGCCUGCUAAGUUGAGUUUGAGCUGGAGACGCAGAGGAGAGUGAUUAGAACAUGCCUCACUUCACAGUUGUACCAGUGAAGGAUCAAGCUCAGUCCAGCUAUGACAGCCUAGAGGGAAUUAACUGGGUUGAUUACAGGGAUACUGGACAGGACUCUCUUGACCAUCAAGAUACUGUUGGUUCUGAUGGACUUGGGAAUCAUAAAGAAGACAGCCCUUUUCUUAACAGCGCUGAUGCUUCUGGCAAGAAAAAUGAUUUCUAUGACAGGAACCUGGCUUUGUUUGAGGAAGAGCUGGACAUCCGACCAAAAGUUUCUUCUCUGCUCAGCCGUUUGGUCAACUACACCAACGUCACACAAGGGGCCAAGGAGCAUGAAGAAGAAGAGAGUGCUGAGACUUCUCGUAGGAAGACCCCCAAGUCACCCAACAUGGGAACUCUGAUGGGCGUCUACCUACCAUGUCUCCAGAACAUCUUUGGUGUCAUUCUUUUCCUCCGAUUGACAUGGAUUGUGGGAAUGGCAGGCAUCAUACAGUCCCUCCUGAUUGUCCUUAUGUGCUGCUCAUGUACAAUGCUGACAGCCAUAUCUAUGAGUGCCAUUGCUACUAAUGGUGUUGUUCCAGCUGGAGGGGCAUAUUUCAUGAUCUCACGUUCACUUGGUCCAGAGUUUGGAGGAGCUGUGGGGCUGUGCUUCUACCUGGGCACCACCUUUGCCUCUGCCAUGUACAUACUGGGAGCCAUUGAAAUCUUCUUGAAAUAUCUGGUCCCCCAGGCGGCCAUCUUUCAUGCCACAGAGCCCCUGGGGAGUGACGGUGCCUUGCUCAACAAUAUGCGGGUCUACGGUUCUUUAUGCCUCAGUUUGAUGGCUGUGGUGGUUUUUGUAGGGGUCAAGUAUGUCAACAAGCUGGCCUCCCUCUUCCUGGCAUGUGUCAUAAUCUCAAUUGUCUCCAUUUAUGCUGGGGCAAUCAAAUCUAUGACUCAUCCGCCGGAAUUCCCGAUCUGCAUGUUGGGAAACAGGACUUUGGUGAGAGAUCGCUUUGAUGUAUGUGCAAAGACUGUAAUUAAGGAAAACAUCACAGAGCCCAGUAAGCUGUGGGAAACGUUCUGUCUACCUGGGAACAUAAGCAGUGCUCAGUGUGAUGACUACUUUAUCCAGAACAAUGUGACAGAGAUACAGGGCAUCCCUGGAUUGAGCAGUGGGAUUAUCAGAGAGAAUAUGUGGGGCAACUACCUGCAAAAAGGGGAGAUUUUGGAGAAGGCAGGACUACCAUCAGUGGAUGCCCACAGUACUAUUGAGCACUUUAUAAACUACGUGUCAGCGGACAUUGCUACAUCUUUCACUCUUCUGGUGGGAAUCUUUUUCCCUUCUGCCACAGGUAUCAUGGCAGGCUCCAACAGAUCUGGUGAUCUACGGGAUGCUCAGAAAUCCAUCCCUGUGGGAACUAUCUUAGCCAUUUCCACUACUUCACUUGUUUAUAUAAGUUCUGUAGUCCUGUUUGGGUCCUGUAUAGAAGGGGUAGUGCUGAGGGACAAGUUUGGGGAUGCAGUUCAGAGGAACCUUGUGGUGGGGACUCUCUCCUGGCCAUCUCCAUGGGUAAUUGUUAUCGGCUCUUUUUUCUCUACUGUUGGAGCAGGCCUUCAAUCCCUUACCGGGGCUCCAAGACUUCUUCAGGCGAUUGCCAAGGAUAACAUCAUUCCCUUCCUAAGGGUGUUUGGUCAUGGAAAGACUAAUGGAGAGCCUACAUGGGCACUGCUACUGACUGCUCUCAUAGCUGAGCUGGGGAUCCUUAUUGCCUCACUGGACAUGGUGGCUCCCAUCCUUUCUAUGUUCUUCUUGAUGUGCUAUCUCUUUGUUAACUUAGCCUGUGCAGUGCAGACUCUUUUACGAACACCUAAUUGGAGGCCAAGGUUCAAAUAUUACCACUGGGCUCUAUCAUUCCUUGGUAUGAGUAUGUGUCUGGCUCUUAUGUUCAUAUCCUCCUGGUACUAUGCUAUAGUAGCCAUGGGCAUCGCUGGGAUGAUCUACAAAUACAUUGAGUACCAGGGAGCAGAGAAGGAGUGGGGAGACGGCAUAAGGGGCCUAUCCCUUAGUGCUGCACGAUAUGCACUGCUGAGAUUAGAGGUUGGGCCUCCACACACCAAGAACUGGAGGCCUCAGCUAUUGGUGCUGUUGAAGUUGGAUGAGGAUCUCCAUGUUAAAUAUCCCCGACUGCUCACCUUCGCCUCACAGCUGAAGGCAGGGAAGGGUCUGACUAUUGUUGGCUCUGUUAUCCAGGGUAACUUUCUGGACAGCUAUGGGGAAAUGCAGGCAGCUGAACAGGCCAUUAAGAACAUGAUGGAGAUUGAGCGGGUCAAAGGUUUUUGCCAAGUUGUGGUGGCCACUAAGGUGCGGGAGGGCAUUGUCCAUUUGAUCCAGUCAUGCGGUCUUGGAGGGAUGAAACACAACACUGUGGUGAUGGGCUGGCCAUAUGGCUGGAGACAGAGUGAGGACCCUCGAGCCUGGAAGACUUUUAUCAACACAGUCCGCUGCACCACAGCUGCUCACCUGGCCCUCAUGGUGCCCAAAAAUGUGUCCUUCUAUCCAAGCAACCAUGAACGCUUCACAGAUGGUAACAUUGAUGUGUGGUGGAUUGUCCAUGAUGGAGGGAUGUUAAUGCUGCUGCCUUUCCUACUUAAACAGCACAAGGUCUGGAGGAAAUGCAAGAUGCGCAUCUUCACUGUGGCCCAGAUGGAUGACAACAGCAUCCAAAUGAAGAAAGAUCUGGCCACAUUCCUUUAUCAGCUGAGAAUAGAAGCUGAAGUGGAGGUGGUGGAGAUGCACGACAGUGACAUCUCAGCUUACACUUAUGAGCGGACAUUAAUGAUGGAGCAGAGGUCACAGAUGUUAAGGCAGAUGAGGCUAUCCAGCGCAGAAAGACAAAGAGAGGCCCAGCUGGUUAAAGACAGACACUCGUUGGUUCGUAUGGGGAGUCUGUACUCUGAUGAGGAAGAGGAGGUGGUUGAAGCCCCUUUAGAUAAAGUUCAUAUGACGUGGACUAGAGAGAAGUGUGAGGCUGAGAGGAGAAACCGGAACAAUGCUCCUGAGAACUUCAGAGAACUCAUGAGCCUAAAACCGGAUCAGUCCAAUGUGCGACGGAUGCACACUGCUGUGAAGCUGAAUGAAGUAAUAGUCAAUAGGUCCCACGAUGCUCGAUUAGUGCUGCUUAACAUGCCAGGGCCACCUCGCAAUACAGACGGAGAUGAAAACUAUAUGGAGUUUCUGGAAGUGUUGACAGAAGGUUUGGAAAGAGUGCUGCUGGUGAGAGGGGGAGGGCGGGAGGUCAUCACAAUCUACUCAUGACCAGUCAGGAGCUGCUGUGCAACAGCUUUGGCUUCAUCACAACACAUUCCACCUGUGAAAAGGAGGCAGCACCUGAUUUGCUUUCAGACAGUUCUGGGUAGAU